GGAACGCUCACUGCGGAGUCUGCACGUGCCCCCACAACACGCGUGGAAAGUGUAUAAGUGUUGCCUCAUGGAUGUAAACAAUGGUGUGCUUUGCUGGUGAAGUCGGCGAUAACGAUGUCAGCAGUCAUCGAUACACUAUAGAACACGUGCAGGGGGACCGAAUCACGAUGCCGGAGAUAGGCACGGUGAUGCGGGCGCUCGAGCUCCAGCGACUCGUCGAGACCAAAGUGACGGAGUGGCGGGAGAGGUCAGCGCGGGUCGCCGGGCCGAGCGUGGCCGACUCUUAUCAGCACAACUUCAAGCGACACACAAACAGACGCAAAAACAGCGCAGAAAUCAACAGAAUUAUCGCAAAGUACUCGAGACCGAUUAAAAGGACGGACGAGCGUCGAUUUGCGACACCCAGUGUCCAACCUGUCCGCCCCGCGAGAAAGACGAAGCUGAAGGCGUCGCAGAGUGAGGACAAUCUCGCCAAUAUUGGCGUUAUGGACUCGCCCAUGCCGGUCGAGAAGCCGCCCCGAGGAAUCUUCUCGAAGUACAACGCGAGGAGCUGCGAGGAUAUAGCGGCGUUCGUGGACCUCCAGCACACAAUUAAAAGCAAACAUUUCGAGGAGAACAGCAUCCUCAAUUCGAAAACAGUGACGGCGACGCCGAGGACGAGACAGGACCUUCACAGCAUCAGCGAGGCCGGGGGAGGAAGCGACAUGUCGGCGUUUGACGACAGCGGCUUGGAACUCAGGCACAAACCCAACUUUGCGACUUCCACGCCAAUAUCGAACAGGAAAACUUGUCCAGUGAGUGAUUCUAUAUCGGUGAUCGGUUUCGAAAAGUGUCCGAAGUACCAUUGUGUCAGUGAGUUGAAAAAAGGCAAUUCCGAGCCGGAUAUUUUGAAUAGACGUUCAGUGGAUUCCAGUAGAACUUUAGACUUUAGGAAACCUUUGAAGUUGCUGAAGCAACCUUUCAAGAAAGGUACGCUCGAUCGAAUACUUCGGUGGCGAGGGAAGAAACCAGGAUCUGAUAAAAGUCGAAUUCAAGAAGUAGACGACAGUUUCUUCGAGAAAUUUGGUUCAAUACUUCGUCAAGCGUCACAGAAGGCUGCUCUAGAGGAGUCCACGCCGUUAGCGCCUUUAAAGGAGAUAGAGGAGCAGGAUGGAGAACAGAAGACGGUCAGCGAAGUCGGCAGCGGCACGAGGGAUUCAGACAGCGGGAACGAAACCCUUUUGGAUACAGAUUCCGAGCCAGAUGACCCAGAGAAGAUGGAGUUCCACUUGGAAGCCGUCGGAUGGAAUGUGGAUGAGUUGUACCUUGAGAUCCUGUAUGAGAUCCUACACAAUGUUGGGGGAUGUGACGUAGGAUGCGAGCAGGGACAGGCGGCUAUGCUGUCCUACGUGCAGGAAGCCUUCAAGAUAUCCAACGACAAGCAUACUGAACUGCUCACCAUGGCAGAGGCCAAGCAGCCGCCAGAGCUGAUGCUGAAUGUGGAGGUCGUGGAGGGGAAAGAUUUAGUGCCCAAAGACCCCACGGGUUUGAGCGAUCCCUUCGUGACAAUUUACCUCAUGUCCAACACGUCACAGAGGUACAACACGUCAGUAAAGGCGUCUACACUCAACCCGACUUGGGAGGAACAUUUUUCAUUACCUAUGCCGGGCAGUUUACAAGAUGAUUCACUGUGUCUGGAGGUUUGGGACUUCGACCCAGCGGAGACUGUGAAGGAGAAGAUGACGAAGAUAUUCGAGGUGAAGGGCGUGAAGGGUCUGCGGAAGCUGAUGAAGGAGAUUGCGAUCACCGCGUCGACGGGGAAACACGACAACGAGCUCAUCGGCACAUCAAAUAUACCUUUAAAGUCGAUUCCCGCCGGCGGCAUGUCGAUGUGGCUGAACCUGAGCAAGAAGAGCAAGCUGCGGCGGCAGGGAGUGCUCAAGGUGCGGUGCAGCUUCAGCUCCGAGAAGAACUCGCAGGUUGCUGCGCAGGAGCACCGACAUUUGCUGAGGAUAUUGCUGCUGCACGAGCUGGAGAGCUCUAAGGUGGCGCCAUACUGGUGGUGCGGCAAUUUCAGCGCACCCGCUGAAGCGAUCCUCACGCAGCACGCGGCGCAGAGCGGCCUGUGCCCCGCCGACAACGCGCUAGCACAGUGGGUGGUGUACUGCGCGCUCACUGUCGACCACCCGCUCAGCUUCACCCUCUUCAACAACCUGCUAGACAAGAUCACCAAGCCGUUGCAGUCCGGCCUUAUAAAUGAAGAGGAUGUCAAGCUGUUUUGGGACGCCGCUAAGAAGCUUCUACCGACUUGCUUCAGCCACAUCAGGAAACUCCGGAAGAAGACCGCCGGAGACAAAACUGUCAUGAAGACCCUGAGAGAAGUGCUGAAGAUACUAUACAAGUUGUCCCUCCUAGAUCUUCCGGAGACGAUAGACUUGUUCCCUGUAAACCUAUACGGUUGGUUGAGGGAGAAAGGUGAUGGGAGUAAGCUGACCAUCCAUGAGGUGCUGAGUCAGGCGGUGAUCCAGGGUGCUUCGGACUGGUUUGUUCACAUUCUGGACAAUAACGAGUGUAAGGACAAGACUGAGGAGUCCAGACUACAGCACUUGAUCAGGGUGAUCCAACUGGUGCGGUCAGACUUGCAGAGAGCCAUCGAAUAUUUUGAUAGAGUUUUCGGAGAAGUAAUGUCGUUCCCCUAUUCCAAAGCUUUAUACGGGGUGUACGAGAACAAAAUCGCAUCCCUGGUUGAACCCGAGGUGGUCCAGGUGUGUAAGAGCCUGAAGCGCCUGCGGUACAGCGAGAGUAACUCCAACGUGCAGCUGGCCGGUGGUCUCAAUGGGGAGACGGGGUUGGGCACCCCUGAUGUGGGCUCCGAACCCCUGGCUAUGGGCACCACGCUGUUCGAGCUGUACCUGGCACUGCAGAGGUUUUUGACGUUAGGCCAAGGCUUGAACGAAACUGAGUGGAGCAACUACGCCAUAUCGAAGUUCCAUUCGUGGUUCUUCGGCGGAGUAGCCCAAUGGUUGGACAUAGCCGCGUACAAGGCAUUGACUCGUAUAGAGAAAGCGGUAGAACUGGAUAACCUGACUCCAGUAGACACUAACGUGAAAUACAGCAGUUCAGGAGUAGACACGCUGGCUAUAUUCUACCAGAUCAAGAUAUUCUGGCAGCAACUAGCUUGGCCUGACGUUGAGGGAUGUUACACUUUUGUUGCGAAGAUCAUUGAUGAUAUCUGCCGUUGCUGCGUGUUCUACUCGGAGCGCAUGUCUGCGCGCGUCGAGAGCGUAGGCACCGUUAGCACAGUUUACGACACGCGGUUCGAGGUAACGACAGAAUGGUGUGUGGCUAUCAACAACAUAGACUACGUGCGGCGCAGUCUCGAGCCGUUUGUAGGUGAACUCGGCAUGGACGAGAUCGUGCAGCGCAUGUGCGAGGCCAGGUCGCCCAUGGAGGCGCAGAGGUGUAAAGAGACGCUGCAAAAUGUUAUCGAGAAUGCCAUCGACACAGUCAAAAAUAAAAUUGUCGAGCUUUUAGAAGUUAUGAUCAAAAAGAUGAUGCCGUCCAUCACGAGGUUUUUGAUAGAAGGCGCGGAGUUGUUACAUCAAGACUGUUCCAGUAUGGAUCGCGUCAUGCGAUACCUAGAGGCUAACCUUGACACUUUGUACCAACAUCUGAACAACGAAAACUUUUCUAGAACCCUCGACAUAGUUUGGGAACAACUGGGCGAGGUUUUAUAUGAACUGAUACAAGCUAAUUUGGAGAAAGAGAAAAUAACUACCCGUAUCCGCUUACUUAGGCGUAGAUAUUUUGGCAAAAACAGAGUAUCGCCGUACUCUCUAGUGUUUCCGCACCGAAGGGCAAAAAUAACUCGCUAUAUCGACCCGAGACGCUUGCACAAAUCGGCAGCCGCCAAUUUGGAUGCGAAACGUCGUCCGCCAUCUUUUUUCCACAACCUACACGAAUGUUUGAAAAUUAUGGUGCGUUCUUUUCGCCAAGACGGAAAGGAGGUUUAUACGUCUGAAACACUGAAAAGAGUGGAAUAUCUGUUGAAACUUCAUGGUAUGGAGACUAGGGAACUUAUUCAUCAGUACCAUUUGGAGAGGUGGCAGGAACAACAAGCCAUCAGCGAACCCAAGAUGGGAAUGUUAACAGUCCGAGCCCAGUUCAUAGAAGAUCAUCUGAAGAUUGAGAUCAUGAAUGCACGGAAUUUGGUGGCCACGGAUUCGAAUGGAUUGUGUGAUUCGUAUGUGAGAGUCGGACUCCAACCGGAGGAUGCGUUUGCAAAUAUCGAGAAGCCCAAAACGCAGACGCACAACAAAAAUCUCUUCCCACUAUACGACGAAAUGUUCCUAAUACCGCUGUCAGCCGAGCAAAGCCGGACACCAGACGCUCUCAUCCAUCUCGUGAUCAAGGAUAAAGACAUGUUCAGCGUCAGCAACACGUUUGUGGGCGAGGCGUACCUGCACUUUAGCGAGGUGCCGCACACGCCAGCACCCAUCGCCAGCCUGCCGCAGCAGCACCUCCCACUGUCUCGCCCGACCAACAUAGACGGUGAUGCCAUGAAAGCCCUGGAGUCGAGACAGGGCGACAAGCAGGCGCGCGAGUUCCUCAAGAAGCAGAGACAGAAGAUGCCCAACAGCAAACAGUUCUUCUCGCUCGGUUAGACUAUAUCAAGUCAUAAUAUAAUAUAGUGCAUUUUAAGGUAUAAUCACUUCCACACAGUGGCUGGUUUUAUUGAAACUAAGGGUCAAUUCAGAUCAAAACGCGAUUUGACAAUUUAUCACGACGCCUCACGCAAUUUAUACGUGGGAGAGCCAUGCUUCGGCACAAAUCGGCCGGCUCGACC